AUGCACGAGUGUACAUUACGUGCUCACGUGUGGACCCUAAAAUAUACCGUCCCGUACAGACAGACACAAAAAGUGGCAAAUCAAGGGCGCAUCUUCUGGAUCCACAUAAAUGUAGUUUCCAUUCUGCCCCUGUUUCAUACCACCCAGCUACACUCAUGUCCGGCAUUGGAGCAGAGUCGACAGUGCACCGUCGUAAUACGCUUCUCCAGCGGAUCAGGCGAUUUACACAUCAGCUUGCCCGAGAACACCACAAUCAGCGCGCUCAAAGAGCAGAUAUGCCAGCAGCGGGCCGACGAACUUGCGGGCAAAUACCUGCGCCUGAUUUGCGCUGGACGCGUCCUGCAAGACCAGCUGACACUGCGACACUACAACAUCACCGCCAACGACGGGUCAGAGGAUGCAGUGCCGCAUUUCGUACACUGCUUGGCCACAGACAUUGCCCCAGAACCCAGCCCACCGCAGGGCAGCGAUGAGGCUGUAAUGGAUGGUGCGGCCGACCCAGUGCGCGGGUUUGGCCGGCUGCGGGACGCCGGCUUCAGCGACGAAGACAUUGAGAAUCUGCGCGUGCAGUUUCACAGAGCCAACGGCACAAACAUGGAUGACACCGAGAACGCACGUGCGAUUGAGGACUCGUGGAUGGAUAGCACGGCCCAGGAUGCGCCGCAAGAAACACCUGCAUUCGGAUCGAUGUACCACAUGCUAGGUGGGCUACUGAUGGGCUACUUUGGCGGAGUGCUGGUGCUGCCGUGGCUCAAGAACAGCAACGUGUUCAGCCGGCAGCACCAGAUGGGCCUGCUGUGCGGGAUAAUCUUCAACUUUUCGUUUGGCAUCGUGCACUGGCUGUACAGCUGA